GUUCGUUCCUCCGAUUUAGAUUUAGAGAGUGUGUCCGUGUGCACACACGGUUCAUGAAUGAUGGAACAGUGCCAAGCUCCUUCCCGGCCAAAUGUCCUGUCCUAGCCGUCGACGCGUAGCUCCCGUCCUCCGCUCCUCAUUCUCGCUCUCGUCCGCGACGGCACAAUGAAGGCCGUAUCUAGGUUCAAAAAUAGCCGGGUUUACUUCCUUGCAUUUAUUGCUUACUGGGGAAUCGUUCUCUUUGGUUAUGAUACAGGUGUAGCAGGAGGCGUAGUCUCGCAAGAUGCCUUCAAGCACCAUUUCCUAAUGGAGGACGACGGAACCAUAUCCUCAAGUAAAGUAACGAACGUAUCAGGUAACGUCGUAUCCGUCCUUCAAGCAGGAGCGUUCUUCGGCGCGCUUGGAAGUGCCCCUAUUUCUUCACGAAUUGGGAGAAAACUCACCUUAAUGGCGUUUUCGAUCAUCUUCUGUGUCGGAGCGAUCCUACAAACGAUCGCCGGCGUCGACGGCCGCGGUCUAGGAUACAUCUACGGAGGUCGAGUCGUCGCAGGUAUCGGAGUCGGUGCUAUCUCAGCUGUCGCACCGGCAUACGUAUCCGAAUGCUCGCCGAAAGACGUUCGUGGACGCAUUACGGGACUUUUCCAGAUUAUGGUCGCUAUUGGCGUGAUGAUAAGUUAUUUCGUAAACUUUGGAAUAAGCCAACACAACCCCACCGGCCCCAAAGUCUGGCAAAUCCCCUUCGGUUUCCAACUCGUACCAGCAGGUAUCAUGUGUAUCGGCUUACUCUUCGUUAAAGAGUCCCCUCGUUGGCUCGCCUCUCGUGGUCGUACACACGAAGCUCUCAGGAACCUCGCGUAUCUCAGAAAAGAGCAUAUUGAAGCGGAGAGUGUGAGGCAUGAGAUGGCGGAAAUUGAAGCUGCUAUUGAGGAAGAAAGGGAGGCGAGGAGGGGACUUGGGUUGAAGGAAGCGUUCUUUGGGAAGGGGAAUUUUGUGAGAUUUGUGAUUGCUUUCUUUAUUUUCUUCCUUCAGCAAUGGGCUGGGCAGAACUCUGUCAACUACUACGCUCCACAAAUCUUCACCGCCAUCGGUUACGAAGGUGCAACAAACUCCCUCCUCGCAUCUGGCAUCUACGGCAUCGUAAAAGUAGUCGCAACAGCCCUCUUCGUCUUCUUCCUCGUCGAAUCCCUCGGUCGAAAACUCUCUCUCGCAAUCUCCGCCUUCGGAAUGGGAACUCUCUUCUAUAUCAUUGGCGCUAUACUGAAAACUCACCCUCCACCAAGUUCUCCACCUGUUGGAGCUGCGCCGCCGACUGCGAGUAAAGCUAUGGCUGCGAUGCUGUAUAUUUAUGUGGCGUUUUAUAGUAUGGGGUGGGGGCCUUUGCCUUGGGUAUAUUCAUCAGAUAUCUUCCCAACGAGAACAAGACAUUACGGUCUUGCAGUCGCUUCUGCGAGUCAAUGGCUCUGGAACUUCGUCGUUAGUCGUAUAACGCCCAAUAUGAUUGCGAACCUGGGAUGGAAGAUCUUUAUUAUGUUUGCGACGGUUAAUAUUGGUGCUAUGUUCACGUUCUCGCUGGCGAUACCAGAAACGAAAGGAAGGAGUCUCGAAGAAAUGGAUAUUAUUUUUGGUUCCGUAUCAAAGGCAGAACGUGAUGCGAAGAUCAAGGAGACUGAGCGAGCCUUUGAGCACGAGCACGAAGCAGUGGACGCACAUUCUGAUUCGGAUAUCAAACAUUAAUAUGUUUUUUACGUUUGGAUUAUAUCGGUUUGGUGUUACGUUGUGACUCGCAAUGUGCCGUGUAUUUCCGUUCCUCACAGCAUAUGAGAUGAGGUGCUGUGUGUUGUAUGUCGUGUAUAAUAGUUAUAAUCAAUAGCAUUCAUUUACUACUA